UUUAAAUCCCUCAAUAUGUUUGAAAGAUUCAAUAUUAAUCCGAUCAAACUUUGGAAUUUCCUAGGAGAAUUGAAAAAGAAGUAUAGAAAUAACCAUUAUCACAAUUUUAGACAUUGUUGUGAUGUCACUCAAUAUCUCUUCAUGCUCCUCAAUCAUGAAAAGAUUGAUAGUUUCUUCUCUGAUAUGGAAAAAUUAGUACUCCUUCUCUCAGGUCUUACUCACGACAUUGACCAUCCAGGAGUUAACAAUAACUUCUUAAUCAUGACUGAAGAUGAACUUGCAUACAGAUACAAUGAUAAGAGUGUAUUGGAAAAUUAUCACGCUUUCAAUGCUUUUAAAAUUAUGCAAAAGGAUGAGUUCAAUGUGUUGGAUGGUUUAACAGAGGAACAAUACAGAGAACUCAGGAAGAUAAUGGUUCAAACAAUUCUUGCAACAGAUAUGACAAACCACUUUUCAAUCAUUUCUAUUUUUGAAUCAAGAAUUGGUACAGGUAGACUUUCUAAUGAAAAUGCUGAAGACAAAUUGUUAUUAAUGAGAGUAUUGAUGAAAUGUUCCGAUAUCAGUAACCUUAGUAGACCUUUUGCAAUUGCUAAGAAGUGGGCCAAUGCCUGUAUUAAUGAGUUCUUUUCACAGGGUGAUUUGGAAAGACAAAAGGGAUUACCAAUCAGCCCUCUAAUGGAUAGAAAUACUUUAGAUUUUCCAAAAUCUCAAAUGGACUUUGGUAAAUUCGUAGUUUCUCCUUUG